AUGAUCCGCAAGCGAGGUUAUUCACUUAGGGGACACAAGUUUGCAAUUUGUGGUGAUUUCCAACGUAAACCACGCGUUUCAGUCCUGGCGUUUCUGGGAGUUGAUGGAAGCAUUGACUAUUAUAAUACUGACGGAACAUUCGACCGUGUCAAGUUCUUCACGUGCUGCAGAUAUUUUGCGUAUUCCAGUCGUGGAAAGGUUCGCCAGUACCCUGGCACCCAUUCGGUAUGGAUUUUGGAUGGCGCCUCAAUUCACCGAGACCCAGAAAUAAUUUACUUUCCUCCGGAGCAUUAUGUUGAGUCAAGUGGUAGCGAUCUACUUCCGUUUGUGAUUGAAACGUUCACACGUUUCGAAACGUUUAAAAUGGCGAGCGACUUUCAGCACUGUGGCUGGACAAUACAGGGCCUUUUCGAUCCGACUGCCCCCUUCACUACUCUUGGUGUUCGAUGUCCUUCAUGUUCUCCAUUGAAACUAGCGGAUUAA